ACACUAUACGUAUUUAUGAGAUUGUACAUCCUCUUCAUGGUCCAAUUCCAUUACUAGGAGAUCAGACAGGCACGCGUGAGGACAUGAAAAGUCGUUCAUGCAUGGAUGAUGUAUCAAGCUUCUCGGUAAAUGAAGCUUUCAAACCCUCCCUCUUUUUGGAAGAAAACUAGGAGACAUAACUGCUUCUUCCAUUGACCCGAGCACUUGCACUUUCCGAUCACCGCAGAGACUUCGGGUAUUCAAGACACUUAGUCAAAAUGCUCUUUAUAUACCCACCUGCAUGCUCGCUUUAGGACACAGGAUGGAUGAUGAAGCUGCAAUGAUUUAGCUCCAAACUGAUAAGGUUUGGAUCGAUGGCGGAGGCGAGCUUGGAUGAGAAUGGCCAUGUGGGACGAGAGAAACGCAUCAAGCACUACAGCAAUCUCCACAGAAUACUGCUUGUGGGCGAGGGUGAUUUUUCCUUUGCAGCUUGCUUGGCCAGGACAUUCGGCGCCACCGUCAACAUGGUCGCCACCUCGCUCGACUCGAGAGACAUGAUAAAGAAGUGUUAUGCAACAUCAGCGAUUGACAACUUGGAAGAGAUCGAGGGCUUUGGGGGCACCGUUUUGCAUGAAGUGGACGCUCGUACCAUGAGCAAACACCCCAUUCUCAAGCACAAAUCCUUCGAUCGAAUCGUCUACAACUUUCCUCAUGCUGGCUUCCACGGCCCUGAAGCAUCCUUACUCCAGAUUGAGCUUCACCGAGAUCUGGUGAGAGGCUUCCUAAAGAAUGCGAAGGCAAUGCUGGCCGAGGACGGAGAGAUACACCUGACACACAAGAUGGGUCAUCCAUACAGCGAGUGGGGAAUCGAGAAGCUGGCCAAGGAACAAGGCCUGUUCUUGGUCGAGGAAGCGUGGUUCUGCGAGCGGGAUUAUGUAGGGUAUGUCAACCGGAGAGGUUCGGACAUAAAGGAAUCCAUAUCGCUAAUGCUCUGCUUAACUUGAGCUUGGCCGCUUGUUGAGCAUGUUGAAGCGAAAUGAUCACUGGGUGGUAUAUAUGAUGUGGUGUAGUUCUAUGCAGUCUUCUCCAGUGGUGUAGUUCCAUGCAGUCUUCUCCAGCAGUGCAUGAAUGAAGCUUUAAUUUCGUAAUCUAUCUUGGAAUGCAAUUCAUUUUUAUGCAUGCUUUUGGGAGAAAGUUUUUCGGAUUUU